UAAAAAGAUUCAACUCGUACAAUUGGCAGAGGCAAUUACAGUAGUAUUAGUAUGUCAUCGGAAGAGAUAGAUGCUGACUCUGCCGAAAAGAGACCUCAGUUUGGAACCAGGUUUUUACUAGACAAGAAAAAUGUUUUUGAACAUAAUGCAUGACCAGCCAGUUCGACUUCUGUGUGGAUGCUGUAUGCUUGGUGCUGGUUCUCGACUUCUUAGUCGAUUAAAGAGGGUGACCACCACAGUAGGUGUUGAUAAUAUCUUUCCAAGAGCACGACUUUAUUGUGAAGACACUCAGUCACGUCGAAAACCUCAGGGAGGGGGGAGAAUGCUGAGAAACUGGAAUGAUGUGUUUAAAUAUAAUUCUUGGGACAAUGUUGUAUGGGAUGAUGCACAGGAAGCUGCUGCCAAGUCAAAAGUUGAAGAGAAUUCAGAAGUUAUGAUGACUCCUGAAGAAAUAAAGAAACUGGACCAAGAGGCUGCAGCUCAUUGGGAUGCUUUCUAUGACAUUCAUCAGAAUAGGUUCUUCAAAGACCGUAACUGGCUUUUUACUGAAUUUCCAGAACUAGCGCAAACAUACUGUGUACCUAGUAAUUCAUCCGAGGUAUCCAGUAUUAGUGAAUCUCAGUGUGAAGAAAAGUUAAGUGAGGUGAAAAACACUAUAAAUGAUACUAAGGCAGAAAGAACUAGUGUCUCAGAGGAAGAUGUUAAGCCUUCAGGUAGUGUGGCAGUUGAUGGUGAAGUAAUAAAUCAAUCUUUGGUGAAUGAUUCAGACGAGUCCUUCCCAGGUGAACGGGCCAAGCUUCGCAUUUUGGAAGUUGGUUGUGGUGUUGGGAAUACUAUAUUUCCUAUCUUGAAGACCAAUAAUUCUAAAGAGAUAUUUGUUUAUGGCUGUGAUUUUUCAAGCCAAGCAGUUGAUAUUGUCAAAGCUUCUGAAGACUAUGAGAAAGACAGGUGCUUUGCAUUUGUUUGUGACAUAGCUGGUGAUGAAUGGAAUGCUCCAUUUCCAGAAGGUUCCCUGGAUUUGAUCGUGUGCAUUUUUGUGUUGUCUGCUGUACAUCCCGACAAGUUCAGUCUAGUAGCCCAAAAGAUGGCUUCAUAUUUAAGACCUGGAGGUAUGAUCCUUUUUAGAGACUACGGUCGAUAUGAUCUUGCACAGUUGCGUUUUAAGAAGGGAAGGUGUCUUUCAGAAAAUUUUUAUGCACGUGGAGAUGGAACGAGAUGUUACUUUUUCACACAAGAUGAAAUUCGUCAGUUAAUGAUGUCAGCUGGUUUAGAAGAAGUACAAAACCUCGUUGACAGACGACUGCAAGUUAACAGAGGGAAGCGCCUGACGAUGUAUAGGGUCUGGGUGCAGGCUAAAUAUUGUAAGCCUUUGCAGUAAAAUCUGUGGGUGUGAAAGUGAAUAAAGAUAUUUCCCUUUGAAUUUUAGUAUAAAACAAAUUUUAAAACCUAGAUCGAAGAUAUAUGUACCCUUUUAAAAUUUGACUCUUGAAAUUAAUUUUACAUCAGA